CUUCGCGAAAAGGCUUUUUGCGGCUCACAGUGACAAAAUGGCUUCCGCAGAGGUUUGUGUGCCCAACAAGGCUCUGGAGAAUUUGGUGAGGACACUAAAGUUGGCCGGUCACGUUGGUUUUGACAGCCUGCCAGAUCAGUUGGUGAACAAGAGUGUUCAGAAUGGAUUUGUGUUCAACAUCAUGUGCAUCGGCGAGACAGGAUUGGGCAAAUCCACGCUCAUGGACACCCUUUUCAACACCAAUUUCGAGUCAUCGCCCAGUCCCCAUUCUCUGCCCAACGUGAAGCUCAAGUCUAACACGUACGAACUGCAGGAGAGCAAUGUGAAGCUGAAGCUCACCAUUUGCGACACAGUUGGCUAUGGUGAUCAGAUCAACAAGGAUGACUCGUUCAAGGCAGUUGUAGAUUACAUUGAUGCUCAAUUCGAGGCUCACCUGCAGGAGGAGCUGAAAAUCAAGAGAUCACUAUCGUCCUAUCACGAUGCGAGAAUUCAUGCAUGUCUCUACUUCAUUUGUCCUACAGGACAUGGCUUGAAAUCCAUUGAUCUGGUUUGCAUGAAGAAACUGGAUACAAAGGUCAAUAUAAUCCCCAUAAUUGCUAAAGCUGACUCUGUCUCGAAGGCGGAGCUGCAGAAAUUUAAGGCAAAGAUUAACGAGGAGUUGCAGGCGAACGGCGUGCACAUUUACCAGUUCCCAACUGACGACGAAUCUGUGGCGGACGUGAAUACUUCGAUGAACGCACACGUUCCGUUCGCUGUUGUCGGCAGCACGGAGUUUAUUCGCAUCGGCAACAAGCAAAUCCGCGCACGCCAGUACAUCUGGGGCUCUGUGCAAGUGGAGAACGAGUCGCACUGCGACUUCGUGAAGCUCCGCGAGAUGCUGCUGCGUACAAACAUGGAGGACAUGCGUGAGAAAACACACACGCGUCACUACGAGCUGUAUCGACAAAAGCGCCUGGAGCAGAUGGGCUUCACGGAUGUGGACAGUGACAACAAGCCCGUGUCCUUCCAGCAGACAUUCGAAGCAAAGCGCUCGAACCACCUGGCCGAAUUGCAGCAGAAGGAGGACGAGAUGCGGCAGAUGUUUGUAGUGCGCGUAAAGGAAAAGGAAGCGGAGCUGAAGGACAGCGAAAAGGAUCUGCACGCAAAGUUUGACAAGUUGAAAAAGGAUCAUGCGGAGGAGAAGCGGAAACUAGAGGAGUCACGCAAGAAGCUGGAAGAGGAGUUUGUGGAGUUCAGUCGACGCAAGGCUCAACUCACGGCUUCACAUCACACGCUCACGCUGGGAAAGAGCAAGAAAAAGUAGAAGCUCCAACUCUUGAAUUCUAUAAAAUAUUCCAAUAUUUUUUUUAUAAUCUUAUCGCGUGACUAUAGCAUUUGUGGAACAUAUUAAAGGCUUAAGUUAAUUCUACUGAAAGCAUUUAUAUAAACUUAUAAAGCGGCCGAAGAGGCAAAUAUUUGCGAUUAGAAAAAAUUAAAAUUUAUUUUAUGAAAAAAAACAGCUGAUUUGUCGUCAAACAUAUGAUCUGAAAAUGUUCUCUUGAGCUAUAUAAUAAAUAUUUUUUAAAGAUUGACUUAGAAAAAA